AUGUCCCAACAAACAACCGUCCCCCUCACCUCCUCCUCGACCCUCGAACCCCCCAUCCCCGACCCCGCCAACACCCAAAUCGGCUCACGCUAUCUCUGCCUCACCGUUCUGGGCUACAAAAAACCCGGUUUGACAGACGAGGAAUAUCGCAUGCAUAUGAAUCGCAUUUCGGCGCCGUUGACGAAAGAUUUGAUGGCCAAGUAUGGCAUCAAGAGGUGGACGCAGGUGCAUAAUACGCAGAAGACGAGGGGGUUGAUGGAGUUUAUUAUGGAUCGGCAGAUGAGAAAUAUUGCAGAUUACGACUGUUUCAGCCAAGUGACAUUCAACAGUAUCGAAGAUUACAAAAAUAUCAAAAAAGAUCCUUGGUAUCAGGAACAUUUGGUGGGGGAUCAUGAGAAAUUUGCGGAUACUCAGAGGAGUUUGAUGACAAUUGGAUGGAUUGAAGAAUUCAUCCACGAUGGAACUCCUUGCGAAAAAUUGGAAUUUCCGGAAAAGUAG